CUUCUCUCUUGUUCUCGCCAAGACAUCACCGUCUUCCAUCCUGGUCGUUCAAUUUGGAAAGGGUCAUAAGCUACCUGCCCGGACCUCGCCUCUGCUUGUCGCGCAUGUUCUUUUCCUUCCACACCUCUACCUCGCGAUAUCGUACAAAAUGGCAGCAGCACUAUUCCCUUCCCCGAGUCUCGACAGCGGAGCCGACUCCCUUGAGGAGUGGUCCGGCUGCAACUCUCCCUCCUCCUACAACACCAACGCGUCCUCGGUGGACGAAGAUGCCUCCUCGGCCUCCUCCUUGGACGUGGGAGAGGCCCACCGUCCCACCGUCGCCGUCAUAGGCGUCGGCUACGUCGGCGAGCACCUCGUCCAGGUCUUCUCCUCGCACUACCCCGUCGUGGGCUACGAUGUGAGCCCCAAGCGGAUCGAGUAUCUCAAGAAAGAACACCUCAGCUCUGGCUCGGACCGAAAGAUCACCUUCACGACGUCCGAAUCCGACCUGCAGAACGCCUCGUACUUCCUCGUCUCGGUCCCCACCCUCGUCCAGGCCGACGGCGAAGUCAACCUCGCGCACCUCCGUUCCGCCAUCAACACCGUCUCGCGCAACGCCCGCGCCGGGUCCACCGUCGUCAUCGAAUCCUCGGUCGCCAUCGGCAUGACCCGCGAGCUGCUCGGCCCCCUGGCUGUCGCCCAGGGCCUCUUCGUCGGCAUGUCCCCCGAGCGCGUGGAUCCCGGCCGCGUCAGCCCCCCCGCCAGGUCCAUCCCCAAGGUCGUCUCGGGCCUGGACGACCUCGUCCCCGGCUCGCUCGACCGGGUCGUGCGGCUAUACAGCAUGGUGUUUGAGCGCGUCGUCAAGGUGUCUAAACCCGAGGUGGCCGAGAUGACCAAGCUCUACGAGAACUGCCAGCGCAUGAUGGCCAUCGCCUUCGCCAACGAGAUGGCGGACGCGUGCGUCCCUCAUGGCAUCGACCCCUUCGAGGUCGCGGCCACGGCGGCGACAAAGCCCUUUGGCUAUCUCCCUAUCGUCCCCUCGCUCGGCGUCGGCGGCCAUUGCAUCCCCGUUAACCCGUACUAUCUGUUCUCCAACAGCGAGUUCCCCCUCUUGCGCGCGGCGACCGAAAAGAUGAACCAGCGCCCGCAGGAGAUUGCGAACCGAUUGUUGGAGUCGCUGGGGGGGAGGGCGGUGCUGUUCAGGGCGCCACUUGACCUUCGUCCGCGGGUACUCGUGGCGGGCAUGGGCUUCAAGGCCGGGCAGUCGCAGAUUGUCAACUCGCCGGCGGUUAAGUUUGCGUCGGCGUUGGCUGAGUCUGGCAAGGUGGACGUUAUGUUUGUCGAUCCCCUUAUCGAGCAGGCGGCGGUGCCGAACGUGCCGCGGUUGGACGAGAAGUACUGGAACAAGGAGGUGCUAGAGUCGUUUGACAUUGUUGUUGUGGCGAUCCAGCAAACAGGGAUCAACUUGGGUGUGCUGGAUGAGCUGCGCCACACCAAGGUUGAGAACUGGUGCAAGACAGUUAUAGUUUGUUGA